AUGGCCCCUGGGGCGGUGCACUAUAUCCCGGGGGAGAGCUGCACCUUCACCAUCUGGCCUUUGCCGGGCAGUGGCUCCGCGACCAGCCCGGGUGCCGGGGCAGGGAAUCGUCGGUCUGUCAUGAUUCGGUUGCAAUUCGAAUACCUGGAUUUGGGUCCCGGGGAUACCUUGAACAUCUACAGCAAUGGUUUGGACGGGCCCAAGAUCCUCAGCAUUGCGGGGUCAGGCCUCGGCAUCGUGAACCGAACCAUUACCAGCCGCUCCAGCUCGGUGGUUUUGCGCCUCCAUGCGGAAGGUCCCGUGGGCGGGACGGGGUUUCGCGUCUAUUGGCGGGUCAUUGAAAGCUCGCCUUUGGAUAUUUAUUUGAUAUCAGCGAUCAUAGCAAAGGUGUUGAAUGGUGAUCUGUCUGGUGUCGAUGCUCCCGAUGAUCAUGGAUCGAGAAGCAUGAUUGGGGCCAUGGAGUCCCUAGGACGUCAAGAUAUGGCAAAGCGCUCGUCUGAUUCCACGCCCAUAUCCACACAUGAACACAUCCCCACCUAUGCGAACGCCACGUACCCAGUCACCUCCAUCCUCACGUGCAUCCUCUGCUCCUGUUGCUGCAACAACUGCGUGGCCAUGUUCUCUGGUGCCGGCGGUGGGCGGCGGGGAGGGCGGCUCCUUUGGGCAUGGGGAGGGGCCAACGCGAGCGCCCCGGCCGCCCGGGCACUUUCCCCGCAAGAGAAGGCCCGGCUGCCUAUAGCCCCUUACGACCCUGGGGAAUCGAAUUUGUACAAUUUUCGGGAGUGCUGCAUUUGCUUGACAGAUUUCGAGCGGACGGAUUUGGUGAGAAAAUUGCCCUGUGGGCAUGUCUACCACUCGGAGUGCGUUGAUUGCUGGUUUUCGGUGAACUCCGUCUGCCCGCUCUGCAAGUCCGACGUCCGCGACAAGCUCGGUGUCGGCGCAGAGGGAGCAGGCAUGGUCCCCUUCUGGCGCAUGCGUGCGGCCCUCCAUCUGAUCCAACGGCGGUUGCUCUGGCCCGCCGGUCAUCUUCUCCAUCUCCACCGCCCUCCUCCUCACGGAUCUGCCCUCUCCUUUCCAGGCAAUCGAGAGGCGGAAGGUGGAAGGGGAAGUGGGAGCGGCAGGCGGUGGCUGAGCAGCAGGGGGUGGUUAGGCGGGGACCGAGGGGUACUGUCGAUCGAUUGGCAGCCCAGAGCCCCGACGGCGGAAAGGGAGGGGGAGGAGCGUUGGCCGCGAUGGGAUCAGGGCGGGGAGCAGAACGUGCGAGGAGAGGAAGUCGUAGUGUUCGAAUUUGCACCUGGAGGGGCUGAGAGGGGAGGGCGGGCGGUGGAGGAAGGGGGCCGGGGCGAGGAGGGAGGACAUGGAUGGGGGGUCAAUGAAGGGAAUAGGGGCGGGGACACAGCCGGCGUGGAUUUAGAGCGUGGCGACGUGGACAACCGAGCAGGUGGAGGAAGGGAGGGUGAGGAGGACGGGAGGGGGAGGGAGGAGACGGGGCUCCGGGUCCCGCAAUGA